AGAAAGUUUCUUUCUGCAGUAUCCCUCCACACUACCUCCAGUUUCCGCCUGCCAGACCGCAGGGUGUCCUACGCGCGCCUUCAAGAUCACUCCAAGAUCACUCCCUGAUCAUGGCCAGCAUCUUCUGGAAGCUAAAGCACGAGCUUUUCCUCAGCGAUCCGACGUGGGAUAGAGAGAGGAGAGAGGAGAAGGGAGUGGUCAGGAGGCUGGAUAUAUUUUUCAUGUCCUAUAUUAUACUCUCGGCCAUAGUCAAGUAUCUUGAUCAGCGGAAUAUCUCAAAUGCUUAUGGUCAGUCGGUGUUCCCAUGGCAGCCGUACCGAGUCGGAGCUGACACCUCGUAUCCCCAGUCAGCGGCAUGAAAGAAGAUCUAUCUCUGUACGGCAACGAGUUGAAUUUCUUCACGACAUACUUCAACAUUGGCUAUCUCAUCGUCAUCCCCAUCUCGACAUAUGUCAUCAACAGCGUCGUGCGUCCGAGUAUCUGGCUUCCCACUUUGGAACUUUUGUGGGGCAUCUUUACUGGAACCCUCGCCGCAGCUAAGAGUGCAAAGACCAUCUAUGGAAUCCGGUUCUUGAUUGGCUUCUGCGAGGGUACAGCGUGGCCAGGUAUCCUGGUCCUCCUUCUCAGCUGGUACACCCCAGCCGAAAUCGGUCUUCGGCUUGCUAUAUAUGAAAGCGCAUCGUAUGUGGGAGCAAUCUUUGCUGGAGCUCUGCAAGCGGCGCUCUAUACAAACUUGAAUGGCAACGGAGGUCUUGCAGGCUGGCAAUGGCUCUUCAUCAUCAACGCCAUCAUCACCGUCACCGUAGCCACCUGGGGCUACUUUGGCUGUCCCGACUACCCCAACAAACCGAACCCUAUGGGGAAAUGGCUCCAGCAUCGACAUGUCAAAGUCGCUAUGAGGAGGAUAGGGAACCAGGGGAGGGCGAUGCCAGUGGGAUGGAACUGGGGAACAGUCAAGUCGCUGGUAUCGAGGCCUCAGAAUUGGGCUAUCUGGGCGGGGUACACCAUCUAUAAUCAAGCGGGAAGCGGGGUGGGAUACUUCAGCUUGUGGCUCAAGAGUCUAAAAAACGAUGAUGGGUCUGCCAGAUAUACCGUCUCGCAAGUCAACAUCAUCCCCAUUGCGGUCAGCUGUCUCAACAUCAUCUCUCUCCUCGUCAUACUCGGUAUCUCCGACCGCUUUCGGGUCCAGUGGCCAUUCAUCCUCAUCUGCGCUGUGAACGGUCUCGUCUGGUCGAGCGUGCUCGCUGGUUGGAACGUCCCGGAUGCGUUAAAGAUGGCGAGCUUCUUAAUUCUCAGCAUUUCCGUUCCCGGCGCCAACCUAUUUGCAGCAUGGGUUGGUACGCUUGCGAAACAUAGUGCGGAAGAGCGGUCCGCUAUCAUUGCUGCUUUCUUGACGACGUAUUAUGCUAUCACAGCUGGGGCGCCGCUCAAGAUCUGGCCUGCUUCUGAGGCUCCGCACUAUAGGAUUGGAUGGACGUACGCCUCCGCCAUGUGGGCGGGUGUCAUCCCCAUCGUCCUGCUCAUUGUAUAUCUCGAACGUCGUCAAAGGCGUAUCGAUGACAGAUGCGGAAUCGAGCUCCAAGUUGGGGAUAAUGGGUUGGAUGUUGCAAGCAAUGAAGUCGUGGAGAACAAAGUCAUAGAGAGCAGGGACAACGAGAUAGAUGUGUUUGACGAGGAUGUGCCUAAGGGAGAGCCUAUCAGUGUUCUCGAGGAUCAUGGCGUAUCGGGGGAGUCUUCGCGGGUAUGGGAGGAACGGUCCUCUGCUGGACGGGUACUUGCAGAACCGCGGCGUGGGUAACCACCUUGGCCAUGCAUGCAUUUGCGACUCAAUACGUCCACUCCAGGUAUCGUGCUCCGACACUCACUCCAGCAGACAUACUUUGCACUGCCAUAUGUGUCAGGCUGAGUGGGCAAGGUUCGAAGAGCUGAUAUAGAAAAAUGAAAGAAUUGCACUGCCAUAUGUGUCAGG